ACCUCCAGGCGUACCAGUCCGUGUUGCGCGUCUGCUCACUCAACUUUUUUUUUUGGUGUGUGUGUGUUCCUGAUUACAACUCCUCUGCAACUCUCACUUUUUCACUCCCGGCAGCGAGCGGAGGGAUGUUCUCUGGAGGAAGGAGGAGGAGGAGGUUACACCCGAGCUGAACAUUUUCACCUUGGGAAGUUUGGGAGUCGGGCUGAUAACUUUCUUGCUGGAGAGUUUGUGAAUGGAGGGAGACUUUUUUUUUACGCACACGCUGAGGUGUUUUUAAAACGGGACAAACUUUUUCUGCUUUGCCUUUAAGGCUCUGGGAUUGUUUUAUGGAGACUCUCACUCAUCGAUUCUCUUGAUAGGAACUUUCUGGGACUUCUUUAUUGCAUCUUUUCUUGUUUUGUUUAUUUUCUUCUUUUUUUUUAAAAUUCUCAGACAGCUUGUCUUGACCUUUUUCGGGAUCCUAACUUUCACACCCCCCACCAUCCCGCGGAUUUUCAAUAACUAUCGCUUUGGACGUAAUUUGAGUGGAUACCAUGCGUCCGGAGAAGCGUGCUGCGCCGUGCCGGGUUUGGGCUCUGGCUCUGGCGCUGCUGCUGUGCGCUGCCUCGGUGUCUGGAUGCCCACACAAGUGCAGCUGCUCCGGGUCGCAUGUGGAUUGCCAGGGUCUGGGUUUGAAGACCGUGCCUAAGGGAAUACCGAGGAAUGCCGAGCGCCUGGAUCUGAACAAAAACAACAUCACCAGAGUCACUAAGGUGGACUUCUCUGGCCUCAAGAACCUCAGGAUUCUUCACCUGGAGGACAACCAGAUCACUGUAGUCGAGCGAGGAGCCUUCCAAGACCUCCGACUGCUAGAGAGACUUCGCCUGAACAGAAACAAACUCCAGGUCCUCCCAGAGCUUCUCUUCCAGUCCAACCCCAAACUCGGACGACUGUGA